GUCCUGAUCCUUUAAGAACCAAAGUGUCUCUACGAGCGAAAUGGGCAAAGGCCAACUCCAAAGAAGAGUCGUUUGCAAAGUCCAAGGACCAGUCACAGGAUCUGGAGUGUGAGAAUGAAGAUCUGCGGGAGAAGCUGAAGAAGGUGCAGCUGGAGCAGCGCGGCUUGCUGGACAAAGUGGGGGGACUACAGCUGCAGCUCAACCAGGAGCAGAUGAUAACGGAUGACCUGGAGAAUGAGAAAGAGGAGCUAAAAUCCCUGCUGGAAGCGAAGGAGAAAGAACUAGAAGACAGCCUGAGGACGAUGGAGAACCUGCGAGGAAAAAUGCGAUAUUAUGAGCAAAAGAAUCACUCGGCCCCAAGUAGCCCGUUCAGCCCUGGGAAAGAGGAGGUUGUGAUGAAACAGAAUCUAGUUCUAAGCUCGGAUCCUCAGCAUGCAGCUCACCUGCCGGCCAGGUCUCAGCUGCGUCCUUUGGAGCUUCCUGGAGAAAACUCUGAUCAACGGCAAGAGUUGGAAACGAUUCGCAGAUACUAUGAGAUGGCCAGAGAAGAGGUCAUGAGGCUGCAGCAGGAGCUGUCAAGGAGAUCUUCUGAGUGCGUCGCCCUGGCUACGGAAAGGGAUCGCAGCAAGGUGGAGUCGGACCAACAGAUCCGGCAGUUGGAAGAAGCGCUCCGUGAUGUGCAGAAGCGGAUGUUGGACUCUGAGAGCAAAGUCAAACAGAUGCAGACACACUUCCUGGCCCUGAAAGAUCACCUGACCCAGGAAGCUCUAAGCGGCAGCUCGCGUGCCGGGGAACUACAGGAACAGCUCCAAGAGGUGAAGGGCAAAUACGAGGGAGCAUCUGCUGAAGUCGGAAAGCUGCGCAACCAGCUGCGGCACAAUGAGCUCUUGGUGCAGGAGCUGCGCAGGGAGGAUGCUCGCUUGCGCAAGGAUAACCGCCGUCUGCAGGACGAUCUAGCCGUUUGUGAAGAGGAGAAGGAAAAAGCUGAGCGAAGGGUCCAAGAGGCUGGAGAGCAGCUGGGGCUGGCUGUCACCACUGACAAGUUUGAAAACAUGAAAUGCCUUCUAACUAAUGAGGUGAAUGAGAAGUCCCGGAGAUUGGAAGAGGCCGAGCGGGAGCUGAGUCGUGUCAGGAAUGAAUUUGAAGCUGCGAACAAGGAGAAGAGGAGGUUCGAACCCAAGCUGGACUUGCUAAAGAAAGAGAUGGACGAUUUGAAAGUAAGGAACAGCAGCCUCGCUCGGGAAAAUGAGAAAAUGCAGUCAGAGAAGAUUCUGCUGCAGAGACAAAUUGAAGAGCUAAGAGGGCACAUGAGAAGUCAGCAUGUUCCGGCGCAGCUGCAUGCCGAGACUAAGAGAGCCUGUGAAGAAACCAUAGCCCUGCUGAGCCAAAAGCUAGCCGACUCGGAGCAGCAUCACCGGAAGGCUGAGCUGGAGCAACAGAAACUGCUGGAGGAAAAGAAGACUUUGAAGGAGGGCAUGGUUCUCCUCCAAACCUCCACUACUUCCCGCCAGGAUCUUGAAACCGAGAUGAAAGAGAUGCAGUCAAAGGUCAAACAACUGGAGAAACAGCUGGCCGACAUGACUAAGAGAUGUGAAGAAGAGGCCAUGAGAGGCUGUUCUCUCCUGUCGGAGAAUGCCAGCCUGAAGGAAAAUCACAUACCUCUUGCCGCACACCUGCAGGCCUCCGUCUCGCUGACCGCAGAGCUGGAGAAAGCUAAAGCGGAGGUCGCCAUGGUCAGGAAGCAACUGGAGAACGAGUCCAAACAGGUGACAACCGUGCGGGGCGACCUGGAAAAACAGAUCACGAAGCAGAAAAGCCUGCAAGCACAGCUGGAGAGCGAGUCCGCUCUGAAGUUAGAAAUGCAGACUCGGCUGAAGAGCCAGACCGCCAAGGAGGUGGAACUGCAAGAAAAGCUGAGAGCCGAGGUCUCCAAAAAUGCGGAACUGCAGGCGCGGGCUUCCGGUGAAGCCGCUACCCGGUCAGAGUUGCAGUCGCAACUGGACAAGCUGAAGGAACAGAUCCGCUUGGAUUAUGUGACUAGAAAGGAACAUGGAAAUAAGGUGGCAGAGCUGCAGAACGGUGAAGAAAAGAUGAAGCAAGAGUAUUCCCAGGCAUACGCCAAGUACCAGCAUGAAAAGGAAGAGGUGAGCAGGCUCCAGGCAGCCAUUAAAGAGCAGCGAUUGGAGCUGGACACAUUGCAGCGUUGCAUCACCGAAAAAUACGCUCCACUUACCAGUAUGGAAGAGAAGGAGAAGAAAUUCUUGGCGGUCAAAAAAGAAAUGGAGUUGGAGUUACAGAAGCAGUGUCAAAUGACCGGAGAGGCAAAAGAGAACCUGUCAAAACAGCAACAAGAGGCCCUCGACCUCAAAAAAGAACUGGCGACCUCGAAGCAGACCCUUCUUCAGGAGCAGACCUCGCGAAAGGAAGAGGAGGCCGCCAUGCUCAAAGAAUUGGACGAGCUCCGAGCUUGUCUACGGGACCUACAGAAGACGCUGGUCCAGGCUGAGGAAAAGCAGCGGGCGUUGCAAGAAGAAAACCUACAAACCACCAAGAAGCUCAACGCACUUCAGGAAUGUCUUAGCAGUCAAUACAUUCCCAUACAAAACCACAAUGAACUGAAGAGCACACUGGACUCUACCAGAGCUACGCUUGAAGCCGAGAUAAGUGCCAAGGUCAACCUAUGUGAGAAGAUGCAGGAAAAAGUGCGCGACUUGGAAAAGGGCCUGAAGGAACAGAGAGGGUCCAGUAUCUCCAGUGCACAGCACGCCAAGGAAAAGGAGGACUGGCAGAGAAGGGAGGCCGCAGCUCAAUCCAAGUUGCUGGAGAGAGAGAAGGCUCUGGUUGUGGCUGAACAGGAAGUUAAGGGAUUACGAGAAGAGUUGAAGAGAGCCCAGCAAAAGUUGGAGGAAGUGCAGAGUCACGGGCAGAGGGAAAAAGUUGAAUUUACUGCAGCGAGAACCGCCCUGGAGCAGAGGGCGGCUCUGCUGGAGGACGCCGGGCGCACGUGCAAAGAGGAGAACAAACAGAUGGCGCAGAAGCUGCAAGAUGCCCUCGCGCAGUGCGAGAAAGUCAAGCAGAAGAACCAGAGCCAAGAACAAGAGAUAGCUCAGCUGAAGGGGAAACAUGAGCAGUGUCUUUCCACCAUUGAAGAGCUGCAGAAGACCAUCCAGAAAUCGGCCCGAGACCUGGAGAGCAAAGAGAAGCAGGUCUCCAUUCUUCUGAAGGAUAUAGAGAGACUGAAGCAAUCCUUGUCUCAGCUUUCUGGGAAAAGCCAAAUCACAGAGUCUCUGCAGAACCAGAUCAAAGCCCUACAGUGCCAACUGGAUGAGGCGCAGCGCAGGCACCAGGAGAUCGUCUCCAUCUAUCGUGCUCAUCUGUUGAAUGCUGUGCAGGGUCACAUGGAUGCGGACGUACAAGACGCUUUAUUACAGAUCAUCAACAUGCGGCAAGAACUGGUCUGCUGAUUUCUCAUUGGUCGUCAUCUAGGCGUCGGUGGGGUAGAGCGGACAGAACACUACAAAA